AUGGGGCUGCUUGCUCUGCUCCAUAUCGCCCAGGCGGCCCUGGGCCUCUGCCCCGGCACCGCUGGCGGCCAGGGCGACCCGCACCUGUACGGCGCGCACGGCGGCCACGCCGACUUUCGCGGCCGCGACAACACGUUCUUCAAUGUUGUGUCUCACCAGAAGAUGAGCGCGAACAUCAAGACGAAGGACGGGGAGUUCCGCCUGCAUGGCGCCAUCGUGAACGGAAGCUGGAUGGUGGAAUUGCACCUGAUCGCGCCAACGACCGCGGGCCCCCUCUUUUGGACCUAUGACGCGGCGAGGAUCUCACCCGCCUCGCUGCUCGGCUUCAGUAACGGCACCUGCGGCGGCAAACCCUUCAAGCUCACGGGCUCCAGGAUGGGCAACCUCCUGCGCAAUGGGCCACUUCAGAGGAAGGUCUGCGGCGAUGUCGUCUUGCAGGCGAAUCACAGCUCCGUGAAGGUCUUCAUGCUGCCCUACUGGGCCAUCACCGUGGCGCCCAAGGCGACCCCGGACUACUUCCACAGGUCUGACCGUAUCUCCGGGCCGGAGGCGCACCACUUGCCCCAGCGCGCAGCGGUGCGCCUUGACCUGCUGUUCACCCUCCUGCGUCCCGAGCGGAGCCUGGACGUGGCGCCCCACGGCCUCAUCGGGCAGACCUUUGACGGCUCUGACGUCGGAGUGGACGGUGCGGUCGACCCGAAGCCGCAGCGCGGCGAGCGCAUGACCACGAUGGCGAUGGCGGAGGGCUCGAUCGAGGGCGUGUGGCAGGAUUACAUCAUGCCCUCGCCGUUCGCGACGUCGUUCAAGUUCAGCCGCUACAACGUUCAAGUUCGCAGCGACGUCCACCUCGGCCUCCGCGACGGCCUCCCACGACGAGGGCACCGAUGA